AUGAAGAGGCUCAACGCAUCCCUCAAGGGCCUCAAAACAAACUUGAGCGCAUUUUGCAAUCUGCAGUCUAAAAAGAUCAGACUGGCUACUCAAUUGUUUCUUUUCUCAUCUUUCCUUCAACCUAAUGUAUCUGGGCUUAAGCCAACUACUGCAGUCUCCUUGAUUUCUGCAGUCUUUGUUGCGGCGAGCUCCACAUUCGUAACGACGUGUGUUGAGCAGUCACUCUGGGCCAAGCUAGCCCCAAGAGCUGUCAAAAACCCGCUGACAGUAGGAGAGACGCGUCGUCUCGCACAAUGGGCUGUUUCUCCUCUUGGUCGACUCUCCUAUCCCUUAGAUGGAACCUCGAUUCUUCUCAAAUUGGCUGGUCCAUUACUUUUGGCCUGCGCUAUUGUCAAUUCGGUUCUCGUCUCGGGUAUCUCGGUCUCGACUCAUUCAUCGUCAGUUGAUACGACCUCCCAAGCUACCGUGGACAUGUGGAGCGGCUUCCUUGAUGCAGCGAAUUUCCAAUAUAACGGCGGGCUCUUCUCUGAUAUUCCCAACGAGGUCGCUGCACUGGCAUACCUUAACAACCUCUCCGUCCCAUCUUCUAGCCUUUGCCAAAGCUCAGACUGUUCUCUGGGGGCACAAGUAGGGGCAAUCCAGGCAGAGUGCAUAACAGUUAGUGCUCCACAUGGUCCCAUGAGUUCCACGGAUGAAGAGAAUGAAACCUAUACCAGCGAGUACAAUCCCGAUAUUGCAGUUAUCCUGACCCGUGGAAGCCCAUACACCUAUGCUAAUUUUACAUCCUGGUUCACUAAAAGCUGUGGUGAAAAUGUAAAUGUGAACCUGUGUCUGGGAGAAUUUGCAGUUAUUUUUGGCGCCUUUGUUAAUUUAAUGCCGUCAGCAACUGGUGGGCCAAUUGUGAAUACGAUAGACUGUCUCCUUACAUACGGCAGUCUGAACAUCACACAGACCGGCACCGGAACUCCCGCAAUUAUGGCGGGAUCCUAUACCGAGGCAACCUCCGCGGGACCAAAUGACUCUUCUAUAGCCUCCAUUAAGCGGAUAUAUACAGACUCAUUUGACAGAAGCCCAUACUAUUUCACCGCUAAGUCUGGAACGGAAGACACGACGGAUACCCUCUACAACAGUGCAGUUGCCACAUUGUUAAUCUCACCUAAAGGAAACUCCUCUGAUAAAGAGGUGGGUGACCGUAUAGAGGCUAUCUUCAAUACUGCUACGUUGAUGGCAUUUACACGCGUUCCUGGUGCGGCGAACGUCACCACAACAACUACGACUUCGGGUCCGAUUUACGUCUUUCACCCGCUUGUGUUGCUCAUAUUGCUUAUUCCCCUUUUUUCUACUGUUUUGGGGGGAUAUCGCCGGCUAAGGGUUGAGGGGAAUAGUCUCUGCCCUGGAUACGAUCCCGUGGAGAUUGCCAGACGCGGGUCUGUCGAAGGGAUCAGCGACUGGAAUGGGGAUAAUCUUGCUGGUAUUGACACGGUAGAUGACAGAAAGGUCAGGAUGUUGACGAAGCGUUAUGGUGAUCAGCGGACAUAUGGCUUAAAUGUACUGUAG